GCAAUGCGUUGGUCCGCGCCGCAGUCGUGAAGUGGUCCGACCGCUAGACGCUAUUGCCGAACGUUUCAUAUCGAUCGCCUCGCUAAAAACGUCACUAUGUUUUGACGUCCCGGGGUGAUAAAAUAAAAUAGACCAAAUGUUAUUGUAAGAGACUUCUUUACCAGUUUUGAGUGAUACUUUACAAUUUUCAUUAGCACUGUUAGCACAUAUUAUUUAGAUUACGUUCUAGUUUGAAGAUUACAGCAAAAUGAGGGACACGAAUUUACAUGAUGGCGCGCACGAGGUCAUGCUGGCUAAGGGCCGCAAGCCCCAGGCGAUGAGCAAGGAAGCCAAGAGCCAAGAAGAGUAUGAGGCGCUACAGUGUUUCCUCCGAAGCAUCAGUUCCACGGCCACUCUACCCCCGUACGUGAAGGGCGAAACAUAUUCUUCGGUUCGAGGCGUAUUCAAUCAGUGUUUAAUAACAUGUGCUGUGCUGAUAUUAGCCGCGGGCGCAGGUCACCCCAUCGGCUUUUCAGCGGUGGCCCUUCCACAGUUACGAACAGAAAACUCCACUAUGAGAAUUGACGAUGAAAUGGGCUCUUGGAUUGCAAGUAUUCACUCGGCGGCCACACCACUCGGCUCCAUGUUGUCAGGGCCGAUUAUGGAGGCGAUAGGACGGCGGCGGACCCUGCAGGUUUCCACGCUGCCGCUCGUGGUCGGCUGGAUACUCAUCGGCACGGCCUCGCACCACGCGCUGCUGUUGCUGGGGAGGACCGUGUGCGGAUUCGCGGUCGGCAUUCUUGCGGCACCUUCACAAGUGUACUUAGGAGAGAUCUCAGAGCCUCGUUUAAGAGGUUUACUCAUAGGAACACCGUUCGUAGCGUAUUCCUUAGGCGUACUUUACGUAUAUGCUCUCGGAGGAGCAAUGUCAUGGCGGUCAGUGGCACACUUGUCCAUAGUGCUACCGACGUUAGCAUUUGCAGCUCUAUGCUUCUCACCAGAAAGUCCAACUUGGCUUGCACGGCGAGGACGUUUCCACGAAGCUAUGGCAGCUAUGUCGAGGUUACGAGGAGAUCCUGAUACUGCCCAACGCGAGCUGCACGAGCUGAUAUCAGCGCGGGAGAAGGAGAAGGCUCGCGGGGAGGAGAGCAUCCGCUUCCUGGCGACGGUGCUGCGGCCGCCGGUGCUCAAGCCGCUGCUGCUCAUCAACGCCUUCAACAUGCUGCAGAUCCUGUCCGGCAGCUACGUCGUCAUAUUCUACGCUGUGGAUAUCGUCAGAGAUACCGGGGGAUCGCUCAGUUCUCAUAUGGCAGCUAACGCAAGCGCGUGCGUUCGUCUCGCCGUAACGAUUCUAGCGUGCAUCCUCUUACUGAAGGUCACUCGACGAGCUCUUGUGAUGGUGUCGGGAUUGGGCACCGCGGUGUGCACCCUCGCUCUAGCAUUCCUCCUCUCUCAAGGCCCAGGCACUGGUGUUGCUCCCCCAACGUUAAUCCUAGGCUAUGUGGCAUUCAACACACUCGGCUUCUUCCUUCUGCCGGGCCUAAUGAUUGGGGAACUGCUACCGACGAAGGUCCGCGGUCUCUGCGGAGGCUACAUAUUCUGCCUUUUCAACGCGGUUCUGUUUGGUUUCACCAAACUGUACCCUAUAAUGAAAAACAGUAUAGGAAUGGCUGGGGUGUUCGGUCUCUUCGGAGCAUCGGCUACGCUCGCUACCGUUGUCUUAUUCCUCUUGCUACCGGAAACUAAGGGCAAAUCCCUCAUCCAAAUAGAACAGUAUUAUCAGAAACCAAAUAUAUUAUGGGUGACGCGCAAGAAAAACACUGAUACGCAAAGCAUUUGAAAUCACUGUAAUGGGUACGAUACACGGCAGGAAAAAUUGCACAUCGAACUUUAGAAAGAGAUUACGGUUUCGUAGAGCGUUGUCUCUGUUGUUGAGACCGAUGAAACGUCACAUAGGUAUGAGAGACAGAGACAACGCACUACUUAGCCGAAAUCUUUAUCUAAAGGUUGAUGUGCAAUAUUUCCUGCCGGGUAUUGUACAAGUAUGCUGGAAGAGAUGUGCCAUACAAAAUGGCUGUUUUUGUGCAGAUUCAAAGCGCCCCACCGAGCAUACCGGGAAUUAAAUUUUACAUUUUGUCAAAUAGUCUUCGUGUUAAUGAUUUAAGCUUAUUUUGUGGUUUAACGACAUUUUGUAUUGUAAGUAACACGUACAUACCACGAUAAAAGUUUUUUGACUGCCGAUAUUUCGACUCAGUUGCAGUCAGGUCAUCGCGUUGACACUUGAUAUGUGUGCACUAACUACACACUAACAUGACGCUCACUGCUGCUAUCAGCGUCAAUAUGGCAAAAAUCAAGUUACUUCAAAGACAGGUCGGCAAUCGCAAGUCCAGCGUACUUGCAUUAGUAGAGGGCAGUGUUUCAAUGAAUGCAUAGUAUUGAAUAAGUAUUUAACGUAUAAGUAGGUACUUAAACGCUGGACCCACAAGUGGAUAGACGAGUUUGACAUUCUAUGGACAAUAUUAUUGUCUCAUGAUUAGCAUUGGAAGUACGCUAUUUAAUGUUCGUGACAAAUACGUAUUUUUCUCUCGAAUCAGACCGCAUUUAAAAUAGUUGAUGUGAUAUAAGUCAGUUUUUCGUUAUUUAUGGGUACCUUUAGGUAUAGUCUAUAGUCGCUUAUAUUAACGACUGCCGGUCUUAUAAGUAUGUACUAGGUAACUAUAUACAUCAAUAUAAUGGGUUCUAGUAAUCAAUCUUAUGACAAUUUAGAAAAAUUUAAUCCAAUGUAUACCUAAAUGUUGUAGAUGCUAAAAAAAUGUAGUCAAUAGGUAACUUAUUUUGAUAGUCUGUGUUUUUAAAACAUUUUACGAUGUCUAUUUUCUCUAUACCAUAUAACCUUGCCUGAAUUCCAAAAAAAAAAAACAAUAUUAAUAAUAAUAUUAUUUUUAUAAAUGCAUUUUGACAUUUAUGUAAAUAGGUAUGAAGACAAUUUAGUUUGUUGUGUAACUUUGUGGUUGCAACGUGUAUUUCGUAAAUGUUAAUUUAUUUAAAACCAAAUUAAAAUUUAUUUAUUGUUAUAAUAAAUAAAAAUGUAAAGCCAUAUACACAAGGACAAUUUAUUAAAAAAAACAGUUAAAUCAAACUUAUCAGUCAUACUGAUACCUAUCAAUCAAUAUAAAAUUAUCAUCCAUGUGUUUAUAGCUUUAUAUAAGCAGUGUGCUACACAUAGGUACCAUACAAUGUGUGAUAUGAGAUUUAAUCUGUGAUUUAUACAAUGACCAUGUAGUCCGUAAUAUACUCCUUUUAAUAUACCGUGAAGCAACCGAAAAAUUUGCUACGGAUACAAAAAUGUACAUGGCUCUCAGCUAUCCAAAAAAAAAAAUUUACUCUCCAGAUUCUUAUGAUCUAUAGUGUAAUUUGACUUUUCUCUUAAGUCUUAAGUAAAACGAGUCGGAUUUAUGGCAGCGAUAUACCGUCUCGUUUUUUAGAAUAGAAUAUAAUAGAAAUAUUUUUUAUUCAAACUUUUACAAGUAAUUUUUAAACGUCAAAUGCAUCAACCGGAUCUAUCUAAUCGGAAUGCUUUUCCUACCGAGAAAAACCAGCAAGAAACUUGGCAGUUGCUCUUUACAAAGAUUUGAUUUAUACCGUGUAUCCCGCGCAUUUCUGGAACGAGCUGCAAGUGAAACAAUGCCUUAAUUAAGUGACAAAGUGUGCUCUAUAGAUCUCAACGAAUCUAAACCUGCCACAGUUAGUCGCGACCAAAGUUAUUUUAGCUCUUACAUAUUCUCGAUCCAUAGCAAAUUUUACGGUCAACUCUUGGUACUCUAUAAGGUGCUUUUUAAAACAAUGUUAUCGCUGUGAAGGCUUUUAUUUUUCUAUAAACGCCUAGAAAGUAACAAUGUGAUAAAAAAUAAAAGAUCGAAUGAUA